AGCGCUCGCCCGGGGCUCCGCGUGGCCGUGCUGCUCCCUCCCCGCUCUCAUCCCGUUGCCAUGCGUCUCCUACGCGCCUCGGCAGCCCGGCCGCCGGGCACCGUGAAGCGGAUGGCGCAGGCUGUGGCGCUGCCGGCGUCCGGCGACCCGUCCUUGGGGCUGCGCCUCGGCCGCUGGGUGCUGCGGCUGCUGCGGGAGUGCGUCUACCUCCUGCUGUGCAGCUGGUGCAUCCGGGAGCUGCUGGAGUAGGGCACGGCCCCUUCCCCACGCUGGGACCCCCCCCCCCCCCGGGAUGCUGGACUCUGUUGCCCCAUGAUGGCUCUGCGCUGCCUGCCCUGUACCCGAUGGAACCCCGGCACCAGGACCCGGCCCGCCCUGAGCCCCCCCAGCACCACGACCCCAAUAAACCUCAGCAGUGUGUGAGCGGCUGCGUGUGUCGAGGACUGAGAGUGUCCCCCCACCCUGGGCACCCCCAGAACUUCGACCUGCUGUGUCUCUGCCCUGUGGUGCCCAGACCCACCCCCCCCACCUGGGGGUCCCCAACCCCAUUGUUGACCAGGGACCGGUGCUGGGAGCCGUGGCCCUGCUUCCCCCUCCCCUGGGUUAUCUCUGCUGUGACUCAGCCCCUUGUUUAGAGAGUUCCAGGCCAUUUCCUGCCCCAACCCCACGCGCCCGCCCGGCACCACCGCCGUCGGGAAGCAGCCAGAGCAAAACAUACCCCAGAACCCGGGUUGCAGCCCAACUCAUGGGCCGACGGGGCACCACGACCCCCGGGGUCAGCUGUGGGGGGUCUCCGUGUGCCCCAAGUGCUCUGUGCUGGCCCUGCUGUGGGGGCUGCAAGCCCCAUCCUUGCAGGGAAGCCCCGUCCACGGCGCACGCCUGGCGCCGGCGCGGCCGCCCUUAUCUCGCCGGGAAGUUGGGAGCAGGAAGCACGGCCCCGCACGGGAUAAGGGUCCCGUUUACAUUACGGCUUUGUUGUGGCACGGGCUCCCACCCUCACGUUGUGCCCGCGGGGGGGGGUGGCUGCUGGGAUAGCUUGGGGGGGGGGGGGCAGCUGGGACCCCUGAUUUGGAGGGCUCAGGUCACCCCUGCAGCCCCCGUAGCGUUGGGGGUGGGGGCUUUGUGGGUGUCCCCCCUCCUGCUCCCCUUUCCCACGGGGUUGGGUUAUGUGCCGUUAGGCUGUGGUGCUCGCUGCCCCCCCGGGAUCCCCACUGCGCCCCCAACGUGGGGACAUUGGGCCAACUGCAGUGCUGUAGGCAUCCCCUGCCCCACAGCCCACGCACCCGCCUCACUGCCGCCUCGUCCUGACCCCGUCCGCAGUUCAACCCGAGGCCCGGACACACGAAUCAAUGAAUUCCCCAAACGGGGAGGUCCGGGGGAGGGGAGAGUCCCGGCACAGGAAAAAGCCCUGAACGCAGCUCGCCGUGGGCAGAGCGGUCCGGGCCGCCCCACAGCGCGGCCCUACGUGCAGCCCCAUCUCCCGGCACACGGCUCCGCCGCCCACCCUCGGCCCCUCCGCCCCAUGUUCCGCUCUCGCCGUGCCGCGCUGCUGAGGCGGCUGUGGCGGCAGCGCUGCCCGACCCCCGGCCCCGAGGAGGGUCCCGGUGCCUUGAAGCCCGCGGCGCACGCCCUGUUCAAGAAGCUGAAGGACGAGGAGCUGGAGCUGCUGCUGCAGGCGGUGGAGAGCCGUGGUGCAUGGGAGUCCGGCUGCGUCUGGGUGCCGCGGGGGGCCAAGCAGGCGCUGCCCCCCCAGGUGCUGCUGUGCCGCCUGUUCCGUUGGCCCGACCUGCGGCAGCCCCAUGAGCUCAAGCAUCUCUGCUACUGCCAGAGCGCGGGGGGCCGGGGGGGAUGCGGGGAUGCGGCCGCGCUCUGCUGCAACCCCCAUCACUUCAGCCGCCUGGCUGCGCCCGAGACCCCUCCACCCCCCUACUCGAAGUCCAUCAGCCCCUCCUGGCCGACCGAGCCCAAGUCCCCCCAGCUCCUGGAGUUCAGCUGCAACCACGCAGAAUGGCGCGACACCAGCAUCUCUCGGAGCGCGGCACGGGACGGCUGCUGGUGCAAACUGGCAUACUGGGAGCACCGGACACGCGUGGGUCGCCUCUACGCAGUGCACGAAGCAUCGGUGAACGUCUUCAGCGAGCUGCCACGGGGCAGUGGGUUCUGCCUGGGCCAACUGCCGGCCGUGCACCGCAGCCGCGCCGUGCGCCGCGCGCGGGGGAAGAUCGGGCGAGGGCUGCUGCUGAGCCGGGAGCUGAGCGCCGUGUGGGCGUACAACCGAAGCGAGCACCCCAUCUUUGUCAGCUCACCCACCCUGGGCCCACCCGGAGCCCACGGGCUCGCCGUGCUCAAAGUGCUGCCCGGGUAUUCGGUGAAGGUGUUCGACUACGAGAGGGCGGGGGGGAUUGGGGCGGGGGGGUGGCAGCGUGGGGAUGGGCCCUGUGACCCCCAUAGUGUCCGUAUCAGCUUUGGGAAGGGCUGGGGGCCGUGCUACUCGCGGCAGUUCAUCACCUCGUGCCCGUGCUGGCUGGAGGUGCUGCUGGCACAGCCCCGCUGAGGGGCCAUGGGGGUGGCACAACCCCCCCCCCUCAUGCGCUGGGUGCGUUCUCAUGGGGCCCACGGGACCCCCAGGGCAGCACCCACUGCCCCCAACCCCGGGUGUGGUGCUGGGGCAGGGCGCUAUUUAAUCUCUCCUUGGUUAUUAUGAUUUCAGUGGUAACGCUGUAUUUUUAAUUUAUGUUAUUUGUGUAAAAGGGAGAAAAGGAGGAAGUUGAGCAGGGUGGGCGUGAAGGGAAUGUGUGGGUCUUUGGGGAGGGGGUGGGGGGCAGCCCCUGAGCAGCGAGUGUGGGAUGGACGGGAUGAGCACAGCUGGAAUGGGGAGGGUGAGCACAGCUGGAAUUGGGGAUGGUGGGCAGAGAUGGAAUGGGGGAGGUGAGCACAGCUGGAAUGGGGUGGGCAGAGAUGGAAUGGGAGGGUGAGCACAGCUGGAAUGAGGGGGUGAGCACAGCUGGAAUGGGGGAUGGGCAGAGAUGGAAUGGGAGGGUGAGCACAGCUGGAAUGAGGGGGUGAGCACAGCUGGAAUGGGGGUGAGCACAGCUGGAGUAGGGGGCAGAAAAGCACAUCAGAGGCAGUGCAGGUGAGCAGAGCUGGGGCAGUGCAGGUGAGCACAGCUGGAGUGCGGGCAGAAGAGCACAUCCGAGGCGGUGCAGGUGAGCACAGCUGGAAUCCGGGCAGGUGAGCACAGCUGGAAUGUGGGGUGUGAGCACAGCUGGAAUCCGGGCAGGUGAGCACUACUAUAGGAAGAUGAGCACAUCUCGGGCAGCCGCCCCCCCCUCCCCCCCCUCCCCCAUCCGCCCCCCCGAUCCCUCCGCGCCCGAUCCGCAUCCGUUAUUUAUAACUCCAAUAAACGGUGUCACCGGCACCAA